AUGGUAGUGGCAGUGCCCCUUCUGAACGUUAGAGAAAGCCAUGGUCUGCAUCUGAGACAGUUCCACCGCUCUGCUCCCAUCAUGGGCAUCAUCCUGGAUCAUUUUGUGGACGGUUCAUGUGGACAGAGGCCCUGCAACUACAGAGCUCCUGAUGACGAUGACUCUGGACCCUUCCCAGGAGUUCAGGACUCUCAGGAGGUGUGCACCACCUCCUUCUCCACCUCUCCUCCGUCACAGUGCGUGUGCACCCUGAGUCCGUCUCCCUCCAAACUGUCUAAGCCCCUCCCCCUGGACAGUCUCCCGCUCCCAUUGGGCCCUGGACUUGUCACUCACAACAAUAUGUACAGUUCUAGAUUGUGUUACCAGCCUCAGCCAGGACCAGAGCCACACCACACUGCAGCCAACAACCAGGUGCAUGCUGGGAAAGAGGGUGGUGUUGUGCUGAUGCCGACGCAAACUCAAGAGGCUCUGACAGCGGCGCAGCACCACACCUACAGCAGCGGCGUCGAGGAGCGGCUGAACCACAGAUCUGCGUCUCCUUCAGAUCCUGUCGAGUCUCUGUCAAACUUCACCAGGAAAGUCGAUCUGUUUUAA